CAGACUAGCGGCUGUCGGGUACCGUCAUUUCGGCAUGAAAACUACAAAAAUAUGCCACAAAAGAAGAAGUCUGUCACAAAUCUGUUAUUGAUAAACUGAUGGUAGACUGACACUAAUGCCAUCAGCAGGCCAAGAAAGGUCACUGCCACCAAAAUUCAGAGGUAAAACGUUUCGCGAGUUAUCUUAAAAUCGUUUUAUCUGUUGAAAAACCAUCUAAAUGAUUGUUUUGUUUGGGUCAGAUUUCACAUCGGCGUCGACGCACAGCGCGUUGUAAAGAGCGCGCCGUGACGUUAUCACGUCGGACUGAAUGAAGCGUCAUCCUUUCUGAUGUAGAGCGGCACGGCGGCCUUUCUUUGCUGCUCUACAUUUCCCCCAGUCUUUCCGCUAUUAUCCCGAUAUUUCAGCUCUUAAUUUCUUUAACCAUGACUCGAAAGUCGCCACUUCUCGCCGCUUGCCUGCUGUUUCUGGCUGCUCUGAGCUCUGAGGUUUCAGCGGACGGUUUGGUGAACGAGGAGGUGAAGAGGACCGUGGACUUGAGCACUCAUCUGGCCAAGAUCACCGCGGAGAUCGUGCUGUCCAACCAGGGACACUCUGCCGUCCAGAGCUUCAUAUUAGCGGUCGAAGAUGACCUGGUCCCGCACCUGGCAUACAUCGGAGCUUCGGUGAAGGGUGAUGAGGAGGAGGAUGGCACACUUGAACUCCAACAGACAACAAUUCAGGGCCAAAGUGGGCAGUUUUACAAAGUGCAGCUGCCCUCCAGUCUGGCAGCAGGUGCUCAGCUGAAAGCGAAGGUGGAGAUGACGUUUAGCCAUGUCCUGAAGCCCUUCCCCUCACACGUCACCCAGGCUGAGCGCCAGCUGGUGGUCUUUCAGGGGAACCACUACCUGUACUCCCCGUACCCCACCCGCAGCCAGACCACGCGUGUCCGCCUGGCCUCCAAGACUGUGGAGAGCUACACCAAACUGGGUAACCCCAGCAAGAAUGAUGAGAUCAUCGAGUACGGACCCUUUCGUGACAUGGCUCCGUUCAGCGAGGAUACAAUGAAGAUUCAUUACGAAAACAACUCGCCCUUCCUCACCAUCAGUAGCAUCACUCGGACCAUUGAGGUCUCUCACUGGGGUAACAUCGCUGUAGAAGAGACCAUCGACUUGAGGCACACAGGAGCCAUCCUGAAGGGGCCUUUUUCACGUUACGAUUAUCAGCGCCAGUCAGACAGCGGCAUCUCAUCUGUCAAAUCCUUCAAGACAAUCCUUCCUGCCUCGGCCCAGGACGUCUACUACAGAGAUGAGAUUGGCAACAUCUCCACCUCCCAUCUGCAGGUUCUGGAUGACUCAGUGGAGGUGGAGGUCAGGCCUCGCUUCCCCUUGUUUGGAGGCUGGAAGACCCACUACAUCAUUGGCUACAAUCUGCCCAGCUACGAGUACCUCUACACUCUGGGUGACCAGUAUGCACUGAAAAUGAGACUGGUUGACCAUGUGUAUGAUGACCAGGUCAUUGACUCCCUCACUGUGAAAAUCAUCCUGCCAGAGGGGGCCAGAAACAUCCACGUGGAUACACCUUACAAAAUUGAUCGCAUGCCGAACCAGCUGCACUAUACAUAUCUGGAUACCUUUGGCCGACCAGUGCUGGUCGCCACUAAGAACAACUUGGUGGAGCAUCACAUUCAGGAUGUUGUGGUUCAUUAUAACUUCAAUAAGAUCCUGAUGCUGCAGGAGCCUCUCUUGGUUGUAGGAGCCUUCUACAUCCUCUUCUUCACUGUCAUCAUCUAUGUCCGCCUGGACUUUGCCAUCACGAAGGACCCUGCGGCUGAGGUGCGCAUGAAGGUGGCCUCCAUCACGGAGCAGGUGCUGACUCUGGUCAACAAGCGCUUGGGUCUGUACCGACACAUGGAUGAGGUGGUCAACCGCUACAAACAGUCCCGUGACACUGGGGCGCUCAACAGCGGCCGGAAGACUCUGGAGGCUGACCACCGCACUCUGACCAACGAGAUCAGCUCGCUGCAGGCCCGCCUCAAAGCUGAGGGCUCCGACUUGGCUGAUAAGGUCGGGGAGGUGCAGAAGCUGGACGGCCAGGUGAAGGAGCUGGUGUGCCGCUCCUGCCAGGAGGCGGAGCGGCUGGUGGCGGGUAAGGUCAAGAAGGAGGCUUACAUCGAGAGCGAGAAGACUCUGACCAGCAAGAGACAGGAGCUCGUCAGCCGCAUUGACAGUCUGCUGGAUGCCCUUUAAACUACUCCUGCCACACUAGCACACAUAAACAGGCACACACCAGCCCUGCUACAACAUACAACCGACUAUUUGUAUGUAUGAGAAUUAAAUUAAAUGUGACGCAAAAACUUAAACUUUUUUUUUUUUAACCAUCCUUGAACCCAGACAUGGACUGUUAACAUCUCAUCUUAUGGUAGUGAUGGGUUUAUCUUGUGCCUUGUGAUAAACUCAAGGUCACUGCGUGCUCAGCUCUACAGCAGCUACAUCACAACUUUGGGCUUUUUUUGUUUGUCUGUUUUUGAGUUUGUCGAGCCACACUUAAACUGUGUCACACUUUGCUCAGACUUGACACUUAAUUUUCAUGUUCAGAUCUGGACUUUGUAUAUUUUUCCCCCCUCUUAAGUAUGCAUGGUUAUGGGACUCUUUUUUUUUUUUUUUUUUUUUUUUUUAACGAAUAGCUGAAGGGCCCAAGUGUGUUCUUUCUCAUGUCUUUACUCACAUAUACCGUAUUCUGAGAUUGAAUCAUCUCUAGUUAAGUAUGAAGGUGAUAGUCAUUUCCAAUCUUAUCUCUUUUGCACUUACAAAUUUUUUCUACUCGCCCCUGGCUGCAUUUAUAUUUGAACAAAUUUGAAGCUCUAAUUCUGUGUCAUCCCAGAUACUUGUUGUUGAUGUUCAGUCAUAUUUUCUACAUUUUGUAUGAUUUUUUUUUGUUUGUUUUGUAAGUGGUGUUUUUAGACCAUGAGAUUAGGUUGUAUGCGAGAAAAGACAUGGGAGAUGGGACACAGAUGUUUGUGAAAUGGGCAAUGAUAUGGAAAGCUGUCAAAUUUUGAAAUAAAGUUUUGAGAAACUCA